AUGCUCUGGGGCUUGCCGGAGGGCCCGCCUGCUGCUUUGGCACCAGGCUCUCGCCGCGGCUCGGAGGCUGCAUCAGAGCACACCACUGCUGUAGCGCUUGCGGGAGGUACUCGAAAUGAGGAUGGCGCCAGCUUAAGGCGGCCUUCCUCACGCUGCUCGUCUUUCGAGACGACGGCAGCAACGUCACUGGAGUUCGCUCCAUCGCACUCUGCCAGAGAACCAGGUCUCAAGCUCGGAGCCAACGACUUCACAUCUUUCACUUCGGAACGUACAGUUUCCGAUGCACAAACAUCCUUCAUGAUACCUCCACAAUGGUCCAGGCUUGAGCGGAGCACUACGAGGAUGUCACAGGGCUCAGGAAACUUUGAGCCCACGGCAUCUUCGGAUCUUGUGCUUUUUCCAAAUCCUUCACACGCACUACCUGCACCUGCACUACUACAACAUUCUGCACUUCUGCAUCAACAUGACCUUUCAAAUUUAGUCGGAGGUGCCCAGGCGUGGGUUGCGACUGCAAUCUGCGGAUCUGGUCAUUUCCGAGUUGGAGAUGAGUUUCACCCAUCGCCUGGCGACGUGUGGGCCUGUGUGGGCAACGUGGUUUUGCUUCAACGCGAGCAGCAGGUCGUCCUAUGCAGGCAUGCACCGUUUCCACAGAUGGUUCGAGUUCAAUAUUUCUGCAAUCGCUUGAAAACUCCGGGAGAUUGUCAGCAGUACUCCUGCCCCGUGGCACAGUGGCAAGUUCCGCUGCUCCAGGAGCAGGCCUUCAUGGAUUCCCUAGCCUCCUUCUUGGAUUGUCGCCUUGCAGCGGUUGCAAGGAGCGUAGUGCAGCCGGGGGUGACAUACUCUUCCUCGGGCAUUUGUAGCAGCAGUUUGCACAUUUGGCAAGAUGCCUGCCCUCAGAGCUAUUGUGCAUCCUUGACGACGGCGGCGAACAUGUGGAAAGCCGUGAUCACUGGAAGCAGCUCUGGAGCCUUACUCGAUUUUCUCCAGGUAUCCACCUCUCUGGUGCCUAGCAACUUCGAGUUGGCCAUGAGCUCACUUGCGAUGGACGCCGCUAGCAUGGCUCCGGAAGCUUCGGAGCUUUUGAACGGCAGACUGAGCCAGUCGUCGUGCGUGGCUCUGCCAUGCAACAAGCAUGCGCCAGUGCAGGCACUUGCAGCGAUGGCACUGCCCUACAGCGGCAUUGCCGAGCCCCGCGCUCGUCUUGCCAUAGAAGGUCGAGGCGCUCCAACGCCAAAGCUGCUGUGCGGCGAACCCGCCCUUGAUGAUGACCUCGCUUCGGUCGAGGUCGUACCACAGGUCUACAUGCGGCCGGAAGCAGUGCAAGUAGAAGAGGACCCUGAGUCCUCGUCAUGGAUCUCUUGGGACUGCAUCAAGGAUUCAGAUAGCUUCUCAUCUGCCUUCUUCGUUCCGGCGGAGCCGGAGGAAUCCCAACACGAGGACGUGGACAGAAGCUCCGAACCGGAUGCCGAAGCUGUCCCAGAGGAAGCCCACACGGCUACAAAGCAAUUUCGACCUCGCCCCGUCAAGCCGACGUCCCCGCCUCCGAAAGUGUGGAGGCCACACUGCAGAUCUGUGCCGCCUGUGGCGCGCAUGACUGAUACGGUGCAGGCUCCCGGCGGCGGUGAUGGCGGUGAGGAAGAGCUCGAUCGACAAGAUCCGAAGCGUCAGCGCGAUCACAGCUUGAACCGUCCAGUAGGUUCCGUGGUUGUGUGCAAGGAAGCCCAAUCCGAGCGCAGCGAGGACAACAAGAGACAGCGCAGAAGACCGAGAAGUCUUUCAACGACUUCGAAGCCACCACUGCUUCCUUCAGCAAAAGAACUCCCACCGGUGAAAAGCUUUUCGAUGGUGAGAGACGCGCUGUCCAAGUCUCGUCUGGCCGGCAGGCACCGGACAGCAAUCGCGGCUGCGGCCGCUCUGUCUCUCGACACGGAGGUCCCAGUUUCCGAGACCCCCGAAGCGCCGACGCCAUCCAUGGCCAGUUUACUCACAGGGGAGAGCUUGAAUCCUGGUGCAUCGUUACACAGAGCCCGGCCUUACACGCGGCAUCGCGCCGCCAUCCGCGAUGCGCGAGCGCUUUGCCUGAAUGUCGAGUCAGACAUUGACAGGCUUUCUGCGCCUCGAUUGCUCAGGGUUCAUUCGGUUCCGUCUGAAGCCGCAGAAUCCAAAAAACCUCCACGAGAUCCACGAGCAGUGAGCGAGUCACGACAGAGGGCUGUAUCUUCAUCAUUCAAGAUUCGGCCUUCCGUGCUGAUGCAUGAUGGCCCUAAGUGCUAG